AUGCCAACUGGUGAGGUAGUUUCCUUUUUCGUCUUCAUCAAAAAGUACCCUUAUGCUGUCUUUAACAUCCUGCUUUUUGGCAUCGUGAGUGCCGUUGGUCAGAUGUUCAUCUAUACGAUGAUAGUGAAUUUUGGUUCUCUGAUGUGUUCCAUCGUGACAACCACACGAAAGUUCUUCACAGUGCUUGCCUCAGUACUGCUAUUCGGUCACACUCUCUCUACCCAUCAGAUGGUGGGAGCAGCAUUUGUUUUUAUGGGUCUUCUGACUGAUCAGACUCUCGGCAAACAUAAUUCUCUACGCCCGGAUUCACCACUGCCACAGACUCCCGUCUCCCAUACCCAUUCAGUUAGCUCAAGAACAAAACGCGAGUAG